AUGUGGCGAUCCUCUGCCCCCCAGGAGCCAGUCAGAAACAGUUUGAUAGAUGACGCUAAGGCCCGCUUAAGAAAACAUGACGUUGGGACCAAAUAUUCUCACUUGUUGUCUAACAAAUGUUCCAUCCUUUUACCGUUGUUGGCUAAAGAAGGAAAACUCUACCUGUUGUUCACCCUUCGGUCAGAGAAGCUGAGAAGGUCACCUGGAGAGGUCUGCUUUCCUGGAGGCAAGUACGAACCUACAGAUGCGGAUGACGUGGCCACGGCUCUCCGGGAAGCCCAGGAGGAGGCGGGGCUGCAUCCUCAUCAAGUGGAGGUCGUCUGCCGCCUGGUACCAGUGCUGUUUGAUAGAGAUACAUUGAUAACCCCUGUUGUAGGAUUUAUAGACUCCAACUUCCAGGCCAAGCCUAACCCCGAUGAAGUGAAGAAUGUGUUCCUGGUGCCCCUGGAAUAUUUCCUGCAUCCCAGCGUCUACCAGCAGAAUCACCUGACACGCUCUGGUCAUCAUAUUAUUAUUCACUGCUUUGAGUACACGAACCCUGAAGAUGGUGUGACUUAUCAUAUCCGGGGAAUGACUGCAAAAUGUGCCUUGUUUGUUGCCUUAAUUAUUUUGGGAAAAAAACCUUCCUUUGAGGUUGAAUUUAAUCUCAACGAUCUGAUGUCAUCCUCUGAAGAGUCUUUACUGAAGCUUCAUAAACAUGCUACAAGCAAGUUAUGA